CAUUCCACUGUGCAGCCGGUGUUGAGUUACUUACCAAGCGGUGUUCUUCGGCGUGAUGAUAAUAGGGCGCGUUUUUUUUUUAUGUUUUGCCAUUGUCGAUUUGCCAUUUUCUAUCCGACAUGACAUUAAGGCGCGUUGUCACGUGCACAAAUCUAUAAUACACCCCACUCGCCUGCUUCAAGUCAACUGAGGGUACAUACAUCAUAUCAGAACACCUUCAAGCUAUUAUUCUACAAGAUGUGUCCACCCGAGGCCCUCAAAUCCCUCAAAUCCUCGACUACCUCACCGUCCAGCAUUCCUGCUAUAGUCCCGCCCACCACGCUCAGCCAAUCUGCCUAUUCGCACGCCGCCUCCCUCCUCCAUCACUCCAUUCUAAACCACAGCAUCCGCCUCUACAUCUACACCAAGACCCUCGCCGCAGCCGAAAACUCCGUCUACCAUACCGACCCCGCCAAACACGACCAGCUCUUCGUUGCCUGCCUGUUCCACGACAUCGGCACCACUGAGACAUACAACGGACCGCAGCGAUUCGAGGUCGAAGGCGCCGAUGCCGCCGUCGCGCAUCUGUCCAAAUUUGGCGUGAGUGAGGAGGAUAAGUUGCAGGUAUGGUACGCGAUUGCGCUGCAUACGUGUAAGGGGAUUGUGCAGCGAAUGGGUGAGCUGCCUGCGCUGAUGAGGAGGGCGUUGGAUGUCGAGUUUAGCGUUGGGGUCUGGCAGGAUGAGGAGGGUAUUGAAGAUGUUGCAGAGUUCAGGGCGAAAUUAGAGAAGACGUAUCCUAGGAUGGAUAUUGAGAAAGUUUUGGGAGAUGCGGUGGCACUACAGGCGGUUGGGAGGCCGGAGAAGGCGCCGAGUGCGACGUGGCCUGGGGGCUUGUAUAGGGCACAUUUGGAGGAUCCAGAUUGGAAGGGUGUGAGCAAAGCUUUUUGAGUUUGGAACCAGAUGUGAGACUGGCCGGGCUGGUUGCCGAUGUGAUAGUCCUGUCCAAAUGUUCCACGCCGGUCUGA